AAUGUUUGAACGAUGUUAACUAAACCAGCGCAGGCACGUGUUUGAACGGGAGUUAAAAAUACCCCACAACAUUUGAACGCAACAUCCUCCUUUUUCUUUGUCUCCCUCCGUCGAACACCUGAGACAGGCAGCAGAAGAGUUGGAGCACGUGCAGCGCAUCGCGCGCUCAGUUAUUUCUCGAGUCCCACAGCAGUCGGUUCUGACUUCACGCGCGCCACGCUGAGCGGCUGCACGAGGAGGAAGAAAAUAAUAACAACACAAAGGAGGACAUAAAUAAAGAGGGAGAAGCGCUGCUUUUUUUUUCAGCAAGUCUUCAUCGCGAAGCUCCCCUUUUUGCCAGCAGUGCACCCCUGCUGUUGAGGCUGUGGUAUGAGCCUAUGUGGCAGGAAGGCGCUGACGUUGCUGAGCAGCGUGUUUGCUGUUUGCGGCCUCGGCUUGUUGGGGAUAGCCGUCAGCACCGACUACUGGCUCUACCUCGAGGAAGGAGUCAUCCUCCCCCUCAACCAGAGCACCGAGAUGCGCAUGUCCCUCCACUCCGGGCUCUGGAGGGUUUGCUUCCUGGCUGAGACAAACCCCUCCAAUCAAGUGUUUUUCCAGAGUAAACCAGGGGAAGAAAAAGGACGGUGUUUCACCAUUGAAUAUGUGAUGCCCACUACAGUCCACAUGACAUCUGAGUCCACUGUCAGUGUACUCAAGAUGAUUCGUUCUUCCACACCCUUUCCUCUGGUCAGCCUCUUCUUCAUGUUUAUUGGUUUUGUGCUCAGUAACAUUGGCCAUAUUCGUCCACAUCGCACCAUCCUGGCCUUUGUUUCUGGAAUCUUCUUCAUCCUUUCAGGUCUCUCUCUGGUUGUUGGCCUGGUCUUGUACAUCUCCAACAUUAAUGAUGAAAUGCUGAACAGGACCAAAACGAACGAGGCCUACUUCAGCUACAAGUAUGGCUGGUCAUUUGCUUUUGCUGCCAUCUCUUUCCUGCUCACAGAGACUGCAGGCGUCAUGUCAGUGUAUCUGUUCAUGAAGCGCUACACUGCAGAAGAAAUGUACAGACCUCAUCAGGGCUUCUACCAGCCUCGCCUCAGCAAUUGCUCUGAUUACUCAGGCCAGUUUCUCCAUCCAGAUGCCUGGGCAGGACGCGGCCGCAGCCCCUCCUCCAUCUCCUCCGAGGCCUCUCUCCAAAUGAACUCCUCCAACUACCCUGCCCUUCUCAAAUGUCCAGAGUAUGAACAGAUGUCCUCUUCUCCCUGCUGAGGCAGAGAAACAGUGGCACUAUUCUAACGCUGUUUGAGUUAUUUUGAUCUGCCUUGGACCAGACUUAUAUCUGUUAAAUAGUUUGAUAUCAUUCAGCUUGAAGUAUUUACUUCAAGAGAAAAAAGAAUGCUUGAUUUCGCUUUCCCUCCUCAACUGCUAGUUUUUAUUCACUUUUUUUUUUUGGUUUUGUAAGAAACAAAACAGGAGUUCAAGGUUAGCUACAUUGGGUCUUGUUUCAGGCAGGGCUGUUCCAAGAUGUGAGAGAAAGUAGUUGGACAAGUUUGUACUUUUGCUUCUCUCACACUUACAGGUGUUUAGCAGCUACAUUUACAGUUUAAAGCUAGAUAGAGAACUACAGGAAACAGACGCAGACUUUGUGCAUUACAAACACAAACAAACAAAUGGUUUCGUGAGUAAUUUCAUCCAGAAAAGCUGCAACUAAUGGGUGAAACAACCUGCUGUGGGUGUGGAAGGAUCUCCCUGUUCCAUGAGGAGAUUUCCGUGGCUUAGAGCUGUUCUUCUCUUUGUGCCGUUCAUGUUCUUGUGCACUUUAUCGUCUUCACAUGCAUGUUUUUGUCAUGUUCAGAACUGAAGUUUAGAGCUAACAGUUUCUAGAUCAAUGGCAGAUUUAAUAAAAAGACACAAUAAAUACAAAUUUUAAUGUCAAACAAACCAUAAUCUGACAAAUCUUUUAGUCAACCUGUUGCUCUAUAGGCUGACAUAAAGUAAGUGUUCUUUUAUAUAUAUAAAAAGGAAUAUAUUUAAUGUUUAUUAUAUUUGUUUUUCCAAUGUUAAACUAUUCAUGUUUAAAUUUUUUUAUCUGGACAACAAAUCAAGUUUAGUUUACUUAUAAUGCAUUUUAGACUCCUUUAUGUUGGACCUACAGUAUUUCUUGUUAUAAAACUUUGAGUUUUGUGUUAGAACUGUCUCAUGUAUGUGAGAUGCUUUAAAUGCCUACAUUUGGUUUUAUAAAGAUCAGAUAAACGUUUACUGUAUAAAUGUAUAUUGUUGUAAAGAAAGCAAAUAUGCAUCAUUACUUUCAUAAUGUGUCGUGUGCAAUAACAUGUAGAGCAGCUUUAAAUCAGUGAAGACAAGGCAGUAUAAACUUAGCACAAAAAGUGAGAAAAUGUGUUUAUUGUAACAAUUUUGUUUGGCAAUAAAUCGCAUUCUGUUGUAAA